AUGAACCUGGGCAAACUUGCAAAGUACAUUGCACGCAACCUCAAUUUCUUUCGCAUACAUGUGCUCUUCUUCAUCUUCACGCCACUUAUUUUCGCCGCGAUAUUCUAUGCUGCAAAUGGCGCGACACAUGUUGCGUUCAUAGACGCGUUAUUUGCUUGUGUUAGCGCGAUAUGCUGCUGUGGACUCAUUACCGUCGACUUGAGUUCCCUCACGGGAUUCCAGCAAGCGAUCUUGUUUUUCCUUGCAUCGGUCGGAAAUCCGGUGAUUGUCUCAUGGGUGAUUGUUUACAUUCGGAGACGCUACUUCAACAAGAAAUUGAAAAACAUAGUGGAAGCAGAGAUCACAAAGCGCAAGCAACUCACUGGUCACAGCGAGGAAGGCAAGGACUGGUUACUGCGUGGAAUAUCACGUGUAUUCUCCAGACAUCCGACGAGGCAGAGUGCCAAUGAAAGCACUUUGAAUAGAAAGUUCACGAAAGAAAACGAAAGUGAAGCCAAGCAAUCGGGACAUUCAAGCCAGUCCAGAAUAAUUCGGCGCACGUCCGACGCGCCUCGACGUGUCGACCCAAACGGUCUGAUCUCUGAUCCGGUUCCAGUCCCGAACUUAGCACCACACAGCACGGCUUCUUCAUCAUUGUUGCGGCAAGCUGUCACGCAUGGCGAGGACCCGUCCGUUCUUUCAGAAACAACCCUUGACAAGCCACAGGCGGUGGACUUCCGUGAGCCCGUCCGAGUUCCAGAGAGACAAGGCUCAGGAGCUAUCCAUAGAACGUCCAGUAUCAUAGUCCAUGAUGAUCGAACAUACAUCCCUCCUGGUGGUGUACCGCUUCAGCGUCGUGCAUCAACGUUCCCUACCCAGACACUUAGAUCCAUCCACGCAGGCGACACAAUUCACGCGCAGUCCGAGCAAUCGUAUCCAGAAACGAGGAACAGUGGUUUCGGCGGAUUCCCAUAUCCUACAACGCUUCUCUACCAACUCCUCAAGAAAGCAUUUCCAAGCGUACGUCGCGCCUUUUCACGUGCUUCGGCUGCCAUAGCGAGGAAGCUGCAUAUAAUACUAUCUGGCUCGACUGCACGUGGCUCUGAGAAAGGAGUGAAACGGAGCACGGCGAAGUAUUUCUCGGCUUCGUUCAAUGCGCUCAUUGGAAGGAACUCGAUGUUUUAUAAUUUGACUGAAGAAGAUUUGGAGGAACUUGGUGGUGUGGAGUAUCGUGGUCUGAAUGCGCUCCUUUGGCUCAUCGCUACUUAUCAUUUCGGAGUCCACCUCCUUUGCUUCACGAUCAUCGCGCCUUACAUGGCCAUUCCGCGUUGGGCACCUAUUCUUGAACCACCAAAUCAACAUCGGAAGAUAAAUCCGGUGUGGUAUUCUGCAUUCCAAGUUGUAGGGGCGUACUCGACGACGGGAAUGUCGCUUGUGGAUCAGUCGAUGGUUCCGUUCCAGGAGGCGUACCCUCUUAUAUUCGUAUGCACGUUCUUGAUCUUGGCUGGGAAUCUAGCAUAUCCCGUAUUUCUUCGGUUCUACAUUUGGUUUAUCAUGAAGGUCUCAACUCGUACUUCUCUAAAUGAGACUCUGCAAUUUCUGCUCGACCAUCCUCGCCGAUGUUAUAUUUACCUCUUUCCUUCGCCUCACACGUGGCUCCUAUGGGGUGUGGUGAUAUUUCUCAUCAUUGUCGACUGGUUCUUCUUCCUUGUACUAAAUAUUGGUGAGGCUGUCUACGAUGCGAUUCCACUCGGCGUACGGUUUGCAAUCGGCAUUCUGCAGUCAACGUCCGUAAGAGCUGCGGGAUUUGCGACUGUGGCGACGUCGAGUUUUGCACCAGCUUUACAGGUGUUGUAUGUGAUGGUGAUGUAUCUCGCCAUUUAUCCGAUCACACUCAGUGUCCGGGCAACGAACGUCUAUGAAGAGAAGUCACUAGGUAUCUUCGAAGACCAAGAAGAUUAUCACGCAGAAGAGCCGACGGUGGAGCAGGCUACUUUUGCGUCAUACGGCAAGUUCAUUGUAUGGCAUACGCGAAGACAACUUGCUUUUGAUAUGUGGUGGCUUGGCGUGGCCUUGUUCCUCUGCUGUAUUGUUGAACGCGGCAAGAUUCAGAACCAAGGUAACUUCCAAUGGUUCACCAUCUUCGCUCUCAUAUUCGAAAUGAUGUCUGCCUACGCUGGGGUUGGGAUGAGUUUGGGUGUGCCUUACGAUAGCUUCUCCUUUUCUGGGGCCCUUACAUCGCUCUCGAAAUUCAUCAUAAUUAUUGUGAUGAUACGGGGACGACACCGUUACUUACCUGUCGCGAUUGACCGUGCUGUCUUGCUCCCUCAUGAAUUCAAGAAAGUGACUCCAAGUGCUGGUCUAGUGGAACACGAUGGUGAUAGAGUAGCUGAAGAUGCGGAUAGAGAUGCAAUUUCUGAAUCCAAUAGACUUGUCCACACUAAUAAAGGUGCUGUAGAGAAAGAUGGAUCAUAAGAGCG